AUGAAAGCUUUAUCACCAUGUUGUGGUUGUGCACUAAUAUCUGGUUGGACUAUCUGUUCGAUCCGAGGCUUAUACUGUUACUGGUUGUUGUCUAUUGCUUUCCUUAAUAAAUAUUCUCUUCAAAUGUCACUGACUGGACCUCAACUUCUUCCCCUUGAACUGGUUGACAAAUGCAUAGGUUCCAAGAUUCAUAUAAUCAUGAAAAAUGAUAAAGAAAUGGUUGGAACCUUGCUUGGCUUUGAUAGUUACGUAAACAUGGUCUUGGCUGACGUUACUGAAUUUGAGUUUACAGCCCAAGAACUGCAAUUGAUCAACCGUGGAGUUUAUUACGGAAGACUUUUGCCCAAAAUGAUCAGCUUUACGGAUUCUAACUAUACAUGA